UCCAUUUUCAUUCUUUUAAUGCUUUUUAAUUCUACCAAAAGAAAAAAAAAAGAAAAGAAAAAAACCAGAUAAAAGAAAUCACUUCUUUGUGGUUGUUUCUGUUCUGGUCCUCCAAAUGUGGAAUCCAAACAAGUCCUUGAACUCCAUCCCUCAUCUUCUCCAUCUCUCACUGUUCAUCAUUCUCCAAGUUUCUGCUGAAGUUCAUGGAAAUCCUGCUAAUGAGAUUGUGGACAUGAUAAAUCAGAAUAGAACAUCAAACAAGCUACCAAAAUUGUAUGACAGUGCAGGACUAGGCUGCAUGGCUUUGCAAUACAUAUCUGAAUGCACUGGAAACUGCAGUAAAAAUAAUACCAUGAAUUGCCGUCCACCAGAAGUAAAUAUUACCGAAGUUUAUGCGCCGAAUUGCGGUGUAGAGCUACCCACAGUUGGUAUUAUAUCUGGUCAUCUUCUUGGCUGCAAUUGGAAUGAACUAAGUCCACAACAAGCCUUUUCCAGUGUUCUGAUACAAAACAAGCAAAUGCUUACUCUUUUGCAUAGUAAAGAACAUACUGAAGUUGGUGUAGGAUUCAGUAAAGAUCAUCGAGGACCGAAUUUCUGGUGUGUGUUAUUCAGCAGUGGGAAAACAAACUCUAGUUUUGUUCUUGAAGGCGGAAAAGGGAUCGAACAAAAGACCGGUUGUUUCAGUGGAACUGAUCUCCCUUGCAGUGCCGGAAUGAAGCUUUUCCUUUCGGAAAUUCUCUUAGCUGUUGUUGUUGUUCUUCUGGUUUUUCUGCAUUCUUGUAUGCUCAAUUGAGUUGUAUUUGUAGAUAUUUCUGAACACCUGUUGUUGCUUGCAAUCAGAAAAUUUUUGUUCUGUAUUUCUGAACACCUGUUGUUUACAAUUUGAAAAUUUUAUAGACAGUUAAAUAGAGAGUUUUUGAUGCA